AUGCCAGAGCUGACUUUUCCCCUUGCUGUGAUACAUCGGAUUGCGGCCGUUGUGGCGUUGAUCCGAGCGCCCGCCUCAGGCUUGCCGAGCUGGUCGGACAAAGUAGGACUGCGAUACCCCACACCUCGAGCGGCACCUCGUCUUGGCCGGGACAAGCUGAAGACAUCACACACAGCAAAUAAGCGAGUUGGCCGCAACUACGGCCCCAACGCCAGUGUGUCAUACCUCCCCGCCCUCGUCUGCAAGACACCUUCGGCUGCUCGCCGACAGCCACCAAUGAGGAUCCCCUCCAUCCACGCCUCAAGACGCAUCCUCACUUUGCGCUUCUCGCCCCUCUUCGUACACCUUUUGGGCUCUUGA